AUGCCUUCCGGGCUACAAGGCGUUCCGUCAGACGUGGGAUCCGCUAGUCUUGCCGGUAUUCGUAUUCAGCGUCGAGCCCCAGCCGUGGAGCAGCAGCCGUAUGAAUCAACGUGCUAUUCGCGUGCUUUUUCGUACGAGUGGAAGAGUGGACAUAAUGUCGCAGCAGGAGCGCAGAAUAUCAAUGCCGCGUUUGGAGACGGCUUUGCCAACGAACGCACCAUUCGUCGUUAG